AUGAAGUUCCUCGCCGCUCUCGCUCUGGGCUCUCUCGCCUCCGCCAGCUCCCUCACCCGCCGGGAUGACAUGUGCGGCCAGUGGGACACCACUGAGUCAGGUGACUUCACCCUGUACAACAACCUCUGGGGCUCCGGCAACGCCGACAGCGGCUCGCAGUGCACCGGUCUGGACUCCGGCUCCGGCAACGAGAUCGGCUGGCACACCAGCUGGUCGUGGACCGGCGGCCAGGGCCAGGUCAAGAGCUUUGCCAACGCUGCCUACUCUUUCACGGCCAAGCAGCUGAGCAGCCUCACCAGCAUCCCCACCACCUUCAACUGGAAGUACACCUCGGGCUCGGACAUCGUCGCUGACGUUGCCUACGACCUGUUCACCUCGUCCUCUGCCGACGGCGACGAGGAGUACGAGAUCAUGAUCUGGCUGGCCACUCUCGGCGGCGCCGGUCCCAUCUCUUCGACCGGAUCGCCCAUCGGCAACCCCACGGUCGCCGGAACCACCUGGGACCUCUACCUGGGCCCCAACGGCCAGAUGCAGGUGUACAGCUUCGUCGCCCCGUCCAGCGUCGAGAACUUCGAGGCCGAUCUGGUCGACUUCCUCAAGUACCUGCAGGAGAGCCAGAACCUGCCCUCCAGCCAGUACCUCACGCAUGUGCAGGCGGGUACCGAGCCCUUCUCCGGCAGCGACGCGAAGAUGAGCGUCUCGUCCUUCAAGGUCACCGUCAACUAA